UGCCUGUCGCUGCUACCCUGGGACCGUUUCUCGGCCUGGCUGCACUGCGUGUGUGUGGUGGGCUUCGACCUGGAGCUGGGCCAGGCCGUGGAGGUAAUAUAUCCUCCACAUUCAAAACUCUCAGAUAAAGAGAAAACCAAUAUUUGCUAUUUGUCUUUUCCAGAUUCUAAUUCAGGUUGUCUUGGGGACACACAGUUUUGUUUUAGAUUUCGACGGUCUCCUGGAAGGAAAGUCUCAUUGUGUUGUUUUCUGGACCAAUUGGAUAGAGACCUACCAGUUUACUUAAAGAAAGAUCCAGCAUAUUACUACGGCUAUGUAUAUUUCAGACAAGUUCGAGACAAAUCAUUAAAAAGAGGCUACUUCCAGAAGUCACUGGUCCUCAUCAGCAAACUACCUUAUGUCCAUCUCUUUCGCACCAUGCUUAAGCAAAUAGCACCAGAAUACUUUGAAAAAAGUGAAGCUUUCCUGGAAGCAGUUUGUAGUGAUGUUGAUCGUUGGCCACCACCAAUUCCAGGGAAAAUACUGCAUUUGCCUAUUAUGGGUAUUAUAAUGAAGUUGCGGAUUCCAACAUACCGUGACAAGCCUGGAACAACGCCAAUAGUACAGAAUAUACACCAGGCAGAUGCUCAGAUCUCUGUGGCUUUACCGACUGUUCAUGAAGUAGAUCUUUUCAGGUGUUUCUGUCCAGUGUUCUUUCACAUUCAGAUGCUUUGGGAACUAGUACUGCUAGGAGAACCACUUGUCGUGAUGGCACCGUCACCGUCAGAAUCUUCAGAAACCGUGUUGGCAUUGGUUAGUUGUAUUUCACCAUUAAAGUACUGCAGUGAUUUCAGGCCAUAUUUUACCAUACAUGACAGUGAAUUCAAAGAAUAUACAACUCGCACACAAGCCCCACCAUCUGUCAUCCUAGGGGUGACGAAUCCUUUUUUUGCUAAAACACUUCAGCACUGGCCUCACAUUAUCCGAAUUGGAGAUAUUAAACUUCCAGGUGAAGUUCCAAAGCAGGUGAAAGUGAAAAAACUGAAGAACCUAAAAACUUUGGACUCCAAACCUGGUGUUUAUACCUCUUACAAGCCAUACUUGAACAAAGAUGAAGAAAUCGUUAAACAGUUACAAAAGGGUGUACAACAGAAACGUCCUACAGAAGCACAGAGUGUGAUUCUUCGGCGGUAUUUUUUGGAAUUGACGGAAAGUUUCAUUAUUCCACUAGAACGUUAUGUGGCGAGCCUAAUGCCUUUGCAAAAAUGCAUAUCACCAUGGAAGAGUCCACCACAGCUGAGGCAGUUUAGCCAAGAUGACUUCAUGAAGACACUGGAAAAAGCAGGACCACAGCUCACAUCAGGUUUAAAAGGAGACUGGAUAGGACUUUACAGGCAUUUUUUGAAAUCGCCCAACUUCGAUGGUUGGUUUAGGAGCCGGCAGAAAGAAAUGACACAGAAGUUGGAGGCCCUUCAUUUAGAAGCACUCUGUAAUGAGAACUUGGUUUUCUGGAGUCAGAAGCAUACUGAAGUAGAAACGGUGGAUCUUGUCUUAAAGUUAAAGAAUAAACUGUUGCAGGCUGACAGAGAACAGCUUCCGGUGAAAACUGACACACUGAAGAAGCUGCAGACACACAUCAGUGAUAUUAUACUAGCACUUCCAGAUGACUUACAGGACAUCUUGCUCAAAACUGGCACAACAUGAUUUCUACUGGGCUUUUUUUGUGCAGAAAACAAAAGGCAAAUGUAGUUUCACAGAAGGCAGUGGCUUACCAACUUUGGAACACAGCUCUAAAUAGUAUGUUAACACUACAAAUGGACUGUACUAAUAGUAUAGCCCACUAUACUAUUUUCACUGUUUUUUCCACUUAAAUACCAAUGCAACUAAAGGAAUUCCUGUGUCUAAUGAUGUUUGAAAUAAGUGCUCUUAAAGAAAAAAUCUGUGGGCAUAUGAAACUAUACCACACUAUAGGACCACAGUGCAGUGCUGGCAUUGCAGAAUGUUUUCUAAUUGGUGCUGCUACACCCAGUCCUGUUAACUCAGGGGUAAGCAAUAUUGAUCCUGUACUGUCCUGUUAAUGUAGUAUCUGAUUGCUUUUCUUUUUUUUUUUCUUUUAUUUUUCACCUAGUGAUAAGUCCAACUGGCAUAUUAUGUGACUUGGUCAGAAUACGUUAUAGUUGAGGCAUUUUACUGGUAAAUCAUUGCUUUCAAAACUGUUUCAGGGACAGCUGAAAUAAUUGGAUUGGUUCUUAACUUUCUUCCUUUCUCCUUCUUACCAUCUUCCCAAAACCAUAUUAAUUUAGCAUCUUUAAAGAGGAGAAGGCAGCUGACAAAAAUUUCCUGAAGAGAAGUCUCUUCCAUUCAAUGUUAGUUAAUUAGGGUGCUCUUACUCACAUGCCUUAAAUAUAAAGUAAAUGUAUACUAAUUGGUGGUUUUAAACUGCUGACACUUCAGGAUUUAAAGUGGAUUACUGGUGUAAAUGUAAGCAAGCCGUAUUCAUCACAGGAAAUAAACACUGUCGUGUUCUAAUAUGGAUUUUAAAAUCAGUGAUUUCAGUAGAGUUAGCUGAUACACAAUCUGUUUCAGUUGGAGAUCAUAGCAGUCAGCUCCUGUUAUAAAUCUUUUUUUUUUUUUUU